AUGGGGCAAGAGUCGCCAGGAAGCGAACGCGACGGAAAGGGAAAAUGGCGCACAGAGCUCGACGAAAGAGAGAAGAGAAGAGAAGACGAAUGGGCCAGCCGAGAGGAAGAGAGCGGAAGCGAAGCAGGGAGAGGAAAUGAAGAAUAUGACGAAGAAGAAGAAGAGGAUGCCGAAACGCCUGUCGGAGCAGAGAAAGCAGAUGGCGAGGCGGACCAAGAGGAAGAAGAGGAAGAAGAAGGGGCUGAGGCGGGUGUGAACUUGAACAGCGAGGCGGCAGAAGGCAAGGAGGGGGAAGCUGAAGAGGACGAGGAUGAAGAAGCGGAUGAAGAAGAAGAUGAGGAAGAGGAAGAAGAUGAGGAAGAGGAAGAAGAUGAGGAAGAGGAAGAAGAAGCGGAUGAAGAAGAGGAAGAGGAUGAAGAAGAGAAAGAGGAUGAAGAAGCGGAUGAAGAAGAAGUGGAUGAAGAAGCAGAGGAGGAAGAAGAGAAAGAAGAAGCGGACGAAGAAGAGGAAGAGGAUGAACAAGAGAAAGAGGAUGAAGAAGAAGAGGAUGAAGAAGAAGAGGAUGAAAAAGAGGAGGCGGAUGGAGGAGAGGACGCGGAAGAAGAUGAAGAAGACGGUGGAAAUGAUGAUGGAGAAGAAGCAGAUGAGAGAGUUUGA